GCCAUCACCAAACCCUCCAACAUCAGCCCAGUAUGGGAGAUGCAUAGUUGGCAUUGCAUUUUACUAAAUACAUGUUUGAAUAAAACCCGCGAGCGUGUCACCGGAGAGGGACAAAGGGGGUUGCGAGGGAGCGUGUGAGAUUGUGAGAAGGAAGAGACUCAUAAACUCAUCCAAAUUCCAAACCCAAUCCAGGAAAGAAGAUGGCUCGGAAUGAGGAGAAGGCGCAGUCGAUGCUCAACCGCUUCAUAGCGAUGAAGGCGGAGGAGAAGAAGAAGCCCAAGGAGCGCCGCCCCUUCCUCGCCUCCGAGUGCCGCGACCUCUCCGAGGCCCACCGCUGGCGCCAGCAGAUCAUGCGGGAGAUCGGCCGGAAGGUGGCCGAGAUCCAGAACGAGGGCCUCGGGGAGCACCGCCUCCGCGACCUCAACGACGAGAUCAACAAACUCAUCCGCGAGAAGUCCCACUGGGAGCGCCGCAUCCUCGACCUCGGUGGCCCCAACCUCACCAAGCACUCCGCCAAGAUGACCGACCUCGACGGCAACAUCGUCGACGUCCCCAACCCCGGCGGCCGCGGCCCCGGCUACCGCUACUUCGGCGCCGCCAAGAAGCUCCCCGGCGUCCGCGAGCUCUUCGAGAAGCCCCCCGAGCUCCGCCGCCGCCGCACCCGCUACGACAUUUACAAGCGCAUCGACGCCAGCUACUACGGCUACCGUGACGACGAGGACGGCGUGCUGGAGCGCCUCGAGGGCCCGGCCGAGGAGGCCAUGCGGCGGGCGGCGGCCGAGGAGUGGAGAAGGCUGGACGAGGUGAGGAGGGAGGCUAGGCGGAGCGUGAAGAGCGGGGAGGUGGCGGAGGUGACCGUGGCGGCGAGGGAGGUGCUGAAGGAGGAAGAGGAGGAGGUGGUGGAGGAGGAGAGGGAGAGGGAGAGGGAGGAGGAGAGGGAGAGGAGGGAGUUCGUGGUGCACGUGCCUCUUCCUGAUGAGAGGGAGAUUGAGAGGAGGGUGUUGGAAAAGAAGAAGAUGGAUCUUUUGAGUAAGUAUGUGAGUGAGGGCCUCUUGGAGGAGCAGACUGAGGCCAAGGACAUGCUCAACAUUCAGCGUUAGUUUGUUAGGUAGAUCCUUGUGUUGAUGGGUGUAAUCUUGGGGUAUUACAUAUCUUGUAUUUUGUCAACACUUGUAAUUUUAUUCUGAGUCAUUAGUGCAAGAUUAAUUUUAUCUUAUUCUAGUGUCUUGGGUGUUUCAGAUGAAAUCUGAGAAUAGGGAGCUAAAAAUUUUUGAUCCAGUUAUUUGGCACAAGGAUAAUGAGAAACAGAUCUUAGAGGUACUGGCUAUUGCUCAACAUUCAUCGUUAGUUAGUCUUUUGAAACCUUGGUCGGUGUUUUUUUCUUCUUGUGAUUGGAAUUUUGGUGGAUAAUUAGGUUGGUAGUCACUUUACAUGUUGCAAUUGAAUUAGUUUAGAUGUAAACAAAUGAAUGUGUUGCUCUAGGGAUGCUUUUUGAGAAAUUUUAUGAAUGGGUGGCUGGCAAUUUAUUGGGUGAUGAUGAUGUGUUCAUUGAGGGAAUUGAAAUGCACCAUUUUGGUGUUUGAGUUUCUGUUUACUACAAGGAUAUGCCAAUUGAUACAGGUUUUUAUUGAGAAACUAGGUUUUUUCUUGUUUGGAUAUUUAGUGGAUAAUUAGCUUCUAUACUACUUAUUAUUACAUGUUGCAAAUUUGCGAUUGAUAUAUUUUAGAUGCAGAGAAAUGGAUGUGUUGCUGCAGUGCUGCUUUUUGAGAAAUGUUAUGAAUGGCCUAUUUAUUGGACGAUGUUGACGUGUUCGUUGAGAAAAAAUUGAAAUGGAUGCGAUUUUGAGGUUCUGUUUGCCAGGGCUAAGACAUGCAAAUGGAUGUGUGGUUUAGUUGCGUUGAUUGAUGUAAUCUUGGGUUUUUUUUUAUUAUGAUUGUUAUAUUACAUAUCCUGUAUUUUGCCAACACUUCUAAUUCUAUUCUGAGUGAUUAUGCAAGAUUAAUUUCAUUUUACCUAACUGUCAGCUCUGAUUAUGUAUUUUAGAAUUCUAAUUUAUGCCAUUGAAUUUCCGAUAGUAUUGUUUCUUCUAUGAUUUAAGAAACUUUUGGUUUUUAUUGUGCUUGCUUUGAGUAUUUUGAGCUUUGACUUAUGGUUUCUUAAUUUCACUCUUUUUUGGGUUUAAAAUCUAGAAGGAUUUCAGAUAAGAUAUUCAUGUUAAUGAUGAACUAUUGAUUUAGAAUGUAUAUGAUAAUAUAUCAGUGUUUAAACUCAGUUGCUUGCAUACAAAUUUAAUUUGUGAUAGAUUUAUGAUACAAAUUAAAUUUAGUCUUUCUUGAUUGAAUGAAGCUCUAGUAGUCUUGGCAGGUCUGCGAUAGUUCACCUAGACAAAGCACAUAUUUUAAUGGCUCUGUCAUGUUUAUAAACACAUUAUUCUUAAUCAAUUCUGAGUAGUAGUCUAGUAGAUGACAUACGUAAGCACAUAAAAACCUAUAUCCAACUUGAUGCAUCAAGAACGAUGAAGAAAAGGAUAGAUGAAAUGAGGUAAAGCACAACACCUUAAUUUCAAUUAUUUGUGAUUGCCAUGGUCCUUUUUGCGUCUGUGAAAUGCAAUGUGGAAAUUUAAUCUACAGUUCAGUGCAGUUUAAUUUUCAGCAUUGUGCCUAUUGUUAUGCUUCAUUGUUCAACUCUUGUGAAACACUGUGCUAGUGUAGAUACUUGAUCUUAUUAAAUUAGGUGUAGAGAAUGAAACCAUUGUUAUAAAUAGCACACUUUUAUUGAGAAGGGAUCAUAAUGAUAUUACAAAAAGACCAGUGUAUGACACUAUUUUGAAAAUAGAACCCACUUUAAAGCAUGUCUGUUAUUUGAUUACGAUUGGUAUGUUAAAAAUUACAUGCCAUUCUUUGAGGUGGCAGGAAGACAUGUAUAGGUGUAGAUCUUUUAGUUUGGGUAGGAACUUUUUUGGAAGUAAAACUCAUCUUGUAAGUGAAUAGUCUGAGCCAAAGCAGAGACGAUGAUGAAAUAGAGAAGUGAAGAGAAAAUGAAGUGACAAAAAAAAUGUUAAAACUGAUAUAGUAAACAUGAUUUAAAAGGUGACUGAAAUGGGAUGGGUUUUGGGUGGUAGUAUACCCAGGUAUCUUGGGAAAUUAUUCUGUCUCAGCAAGUACAAGUAUUGUUCGUUUUUCUAAUGCUCCCAGAGGUUUGGGACAGAGAGAGGUGGGUUACAUGGGAGGGAAUUGGAGACAGCUAGUUAGUUCAAUACUUAACGGUUUUGAUGCGAAGGAUUGGGAAUGUUGUUUAUUAACUAGUGGAACCAGCAACCGCCGUGCAGAUGUCACCAUAUCCCUUGCCAUCUAUUAUAUCAUACAAAUAUAGAAUGGUAUCUAUAAGCAAUAUGAAAUUAAACCCAAUUCCAAAGUAAUGCUGUUGGGGAAUUUUACAGGGAUCAGCUUCAUUUUCAAUAUCAUCCUGUAAAUCCUAAUGCUGUUGCUGCAAUUUACAUAUGCUGAUCAGAAAUCAAGUCAGAAUGCGUUCAGUUAGGGGUUUGGAGCAGAUUGAUUUGAGAGAGAAGUAUAUAGUGGGAACAUGGAGGACUUUUGGGUAAGGAUGACAUCAGCUUUCUAAGAAUUAUGUGCCCUGUUGAGUGUUGAUACAAGAGUUCAGCUUUCUAUGUUUGGUUCCCAAAUUCAGGCUGACAUGGGGAGAUUUGUGUCCCUACCCUUCUGAUGAAGUUUUGGGUACCUAUCUUCACUUUGAUAUCACAUCAUGUAUGCACCUAUCUUGCCAGUUUUAAAGUGAAAGCAAUUGGGAGACGAUUACUUCGAGGAAAAGUUGGAAUGCAUGCUAAUUGCCCAUUUUUUUAUAGCUUUUUUCUUCUACUAAAAUUCGUAUGUUUCAAAACAAAUGUAAUUGUGAACAAUGGAUGAGUAUGUAUACAACAAAAAUUAUACAAUUUAUACGA